GAACCGCCAUCAGUCGUCUCGUGCACGUAUCCGGCAAAAGCUAUCCAUUCAUUAUGCUGUCUCCCUCGCCGAUAGAAAGCAACUCUGACAAAAGUCCCAAUUUGUGCGACAGUUCAUCCAGCGGACGGGACUUGAUUCCGGUCGGCCUGGAGACUCUUUGAUGGCCAGGGAGGGACCGAUCCGAUUGCGCAGACGGCACCGAUGGUUCCCCCGUGGGGAAGCUGGCCUCGUCGACCUCUCCUGAAGUGGGUUAUGUUUCAUAUACAGAUUCACCCCAAAGAAGGGUUGCAAACAAAAAGUCAACUCUCGCACACCAAUUGAUUUCUAUUCAUUCACCCAUCGGAUCUUCUCCCUAAAGCAACCGAGGAAGAAUGGAUAAACGGUUAUCACGACAGGCCUGCAAUCGCUGCCGUGGCCUCAAAUUGCGCUGCGAUCGCAGUGCUGCAGCAAAAGAUUGUCGUCGCUGCCUAGCGGCCAGGGCGACGUGUGUCUUCAAUCCGUCAACUCGUGGGCGUCAACUUAUUGGCGGCAAGCCAUCACUCUCUACGUGUCCGACUCGCAAAGAGCUGGAACCUUGCAACUCUACUGAGGACGUAUCCAUUUCCGAGUCCCUUAUCAAGGGCCCGGAAGUGAGUUCAGACACCUGCAUGGGGGGUCUGCCGCCAUGCUCUCUGUGCCAAAAUGUCCAAGAAUCGAGCUCCUUGAAUACAACCGCAUUGGCCCCAAUUCCGUUGACAGACGUCGCCUUCUCCAACUUUUAUUCGGCCGGGGAAACACUGAGCAAGAACAACAGAACUGAGAUGGGCUUUCCCAUGAAUCCUCCCUCGCCACAAUUCGCCGACAGCAAUGUGGUGACACCCAUGCCAGACCCGCAGACCCAUUUCCAGGUCCAGUUCAUGAAGGAUCUCCUAGCGCUGGAUAUAGAAUUGAUCCAGCAUACUUCCACCUUGAUCGUUCUGACGGAAGACGGCCCCUCGAAAGCCUUCGUGGAUAGAACAUUGAUCAUCGCACAGCAAAUGUUGAAGAUCUUACAUUGGGUGGAGUGUUGGGCAUCGCAUGCCAGCUAUCCGCAAACCUGGUGUCUGUAUCUACCCGAGCCAUUGAUACCUUCAGGAUCGGGGCAGCUAGAGAAGCCUAUCGAUCAGGCAUCGGCAAUACAUGUCCUGUCUACAUAUCUCCGCCUUCUCGAAGUCUAUCAAAAUCUUUUCACGCGGGCGGCCAGCAACUAUAACCCGGUCGUUGCAAACGGCCUGCCGAAUCUCUUUCCCUCAUUUCAUAUUCAGGAGUGUACUGUCGAUAGACUUGGUAUGCAAUCAGGGCUGUCACUUCAGUCGACUAUGUCAUUGUUGGACCGGCUCAGCCACACGGUGCAGCUGCUGGCGAUGCCCUUCAUCGAGGCGAACGUAGUAAAAGCCAUGUUGGCAACAGCCCGAGAGCAUGAGCUUCAAAUGAUGCAGAAUUUUUCUCAGCUGCAGACGAUAGUGUAUGACAAUGGGCUCUAAUUAUUUCGUGGAUCCAAUUCAAUAAUUUCAAUCGUUG